CACUGAGCCCAAUUAGCGGCCACAUGUGACCACAGAGGUGGACGUGUACCUGUGUGAGAGGGAUUAGCAGUCAGCGUAUAAAAGAGACACCAGGAGACCAAACGGCACUGAAUCGCCAAGUGAAGAGCAGAGAAGAAGUGAGACACACAGCAUCAGCUGAAAUUAACAAUGGCAGACGCAGCAGUUGCAACCCCCGCCGACAAGAAGGCACCCCCCAAGUUCAAGCAGAGGACCACCCGCACCUUCAAGAGCAAGGCACCUAAGCCCGGACAGAAGGGAUUCGGAGACGACAUCCCCGGCAUGGAGGGUCUGGGCACAGACAUCACGGUGGUUUGUCCUUGGGAGGCCUUCGGUGACAUGGAGCUCAGUGAUCUGGCCAAAUACGGAAUUGUCUAGAAGGCUUCCUGAAGCGGUCCUCUUCUCAGCGCUCUUAUACCUCACACCUCUUCUCCACUUUCCUCAUCACCACUUGUCCCAAACGACCUGAUGUCUUUCCUGUGUUAGGCACAACAUGGAACCUUGGGAAACUUUCCAAGUGUCCCACUGGAUCCCAAAUUGUUAAAAUAUGCAAACAUAUUUAAAUAAGCUUUAACUGAGGAUACUGAAGUAUCACGUUGCACUUAUUUAAUCACUACCAGCCCCCAUUGCCCAUCCUUACCUGCCUUUACCACUCCAUUGCACCCCGCCCUUCUUCUUGUACAGCUAUUUGUGGAAGAAAUAUAUUUUUAUUUUUAUGAACUAUGUGAAUGGCAACAUGGACACAGUCUCUUCUGUAGGAAUGGGAGUUACAGUUGAAUAGAACUGUCAAUAAAUGUCCCCAAAUAACAA